UUGGAGACGUGGCUCUGCUGCUCUGUACGGCUGCGGGUCGGGUUGCGUGCGGCGGUUUACAGUGAAAUAAACAAAAGACCGUGUUAUAUUCCUCAGGCGUUUACUGUAUUUCUGAAAGUCAUUGAGAACUUCGGCGGUGGUAUUAAAGCGCCAUAACACGGAUACAAAAUGGUGCUCUUGGCAGCUGCAGUAUGCACCAAGUCAGGGAAAGCCAUAGUGUCACGGCAGUUUGUAGAGAUGACACGAACUCGCAUCGAGGGUCUCCUGGCGGCCUUUCCCAAACUGAUGGGCACAGGGAAGCAGCACACCUUUGUAGAGACUGACAGCGUUCGCUACGUCUAUCAGCCGUUAGAGAAGCUCUACAUGGUUCUCGUCACCACUAAGAACAGCAACAUUCUUGAGGACCUGGAGACGCUACGCCUUUUCUCUCGUGUGAUUCCCGAGUACUGCCGUGUGCUAGAAGAGAGCGAGAUCUCUGAACACUGCUUCGAUCUAAUAUUUGCUUUUGAUGAGAUUGUCGCAUUGGGUUACAGGGAAAAUGUUAACCUGGCCCAGAUCCGAACCUUCACUGAAAUGGACUCGCACGAGGAGAAGGUCUUCCGUGCAGUCAGAGAGACCCAAGAACGAGAGGCAAAUGCAGAGAUGAGGCGAAAGGCUAAAGAGCUGCAGCAGGCCAGACGGGAUGCUGAGCGAACUGGCAAAAAGGCACCAGGCUUCGGAGGUUUUGGAAGUUCAGGAAUGAGCAGCACAGCUACCAUCAUCACAGAUACUAUGAUGGAACCAGAGAAGCCCAAACCUGCUCCUGUAUCAGUUAGGCCCAGCGGUCCAAGUAAAGCACUGAAGCUGGGGGCCAAAGGAAAGGAGAUUGAUAACUUUGUAGACAAACUCAAGUCAGAAGGAGAAAACAUUUUGAUACCCAGCUCAGGAAAGAAAGCCUCAGAGUCUAAAGUGCUUCAGCCUCCAUUGAAUACUGAAAGUGUACAUCUGAAGAUAGAGGAGAAGAUCUCUCUGACCUGUGGGCGGGAUGGUGGGCUGCAAAACAUGGAAAUCUUGGGUAUAAUCACACUAAGAGUUACGGAUGACAAAUUUGGCUGUAUCCGCUUGGACAUAAACAACAAGGACAAGAAAGGAGUGCAGCUGCAGACCCAUCCUAAUGUAGAUAAAAAGCUGUUUACUACGGACUCUUUGAUUGGACUGAAAAACCCAGAGAAAUCUUUCCCCUUAAACAACGAUGUGGGCGUGCUGAAGUGGAGGCUACAGAGCACAGACGAGUCCCUCAUCCCUUUAACCAUAAACUGCUGGCCUUCAGAAAGCGGAAGCAACUGCGAUGUCAACAUUGAGUAUGAGCUCCAGGAGGGGGGCCUUGAACUCAAUGAUGUAGUCAUCACCAUCCCUGUGCCGUCAGGUGUAGGCGCCCCAAUUGUUGGAGAUCUUGAUGGCGAGUAUCGCCACGAUGGCAGGAAAAACAUCCUUGAAUGGUGCCUGCCUGUCAUCGAUGAAAACAACAAGAGUGGAAGUUUGGAGUUCAGCAUAGCUGGGAGGCCGAACGACUUCUUCCCAGUGAAUGUCUCAUUUGUGUCUAAACGCACCUAUUCUGACAUUCAGGUGGCCAAAGUGACCCAGGUAGACGGGGGCAGCCCGGUGAAAUUCUCCACUGAGACUUCUUUUGUCGUUGACAAGUACGAAAUACUCUAAAGACUUUUAAAAAGUAAUGUUUCUAGCCUGCCUGCCUACCUGUGUAACGGUUUGAACACAGUACAACCGGAGUGUCCAAACCUCCCCCAAUGGCGUGCAGUAUUUGUGUAUUUGUUUGUAUGGCAAAGGAAAUUCUAUAUGUUUAUAUAAAAUGAAUCUAAGAGGUAAACAAACCACAUCCUAAUAUGAAUACAGAUGGACGUUUUACUUUGUGACUUGAGCCCCAGGACACCGAGAUAUACCAUCUCACCACAUGGUCUCGGCUUAUAGAACACCCUGAUUUUGGGCCCUGAGUCUUCAUGACCCCUAAAAUAAAUUAUAGUAGGAACCUGAGAGUUGCCCCAGUAUAAUAUAUUUUCUAUAUUGUAACUUCAAUCACAUAAAGCAGCACAUAUUUGUGCCGUUAUAUAUUCAAAAAAAAAAAAAAGUUUUUUCAUAAUGAACUUAUACUGGCUCUGGUGAAAUAUAAAUAGCUUUCACAUUUUCACUGUGUUCUGUAUUUAGGAAGGCAGUUCUUUUUCUUCCUUUUUGUUUUGUUUGAAAGAUGUUUUGUAAUUUUAAUUAUCGAAACAUAAAAAGCCCACCCAGGACACUUUGUUUUCCUUUUCCUUUUUAAAGCAAUUUACUUUGUGGAUCAGUUAUUUUCAUACAGUAACACAUCUACAAGCGUUUUGUUGAGGGCAGAACUGCAACCGAUUUAAAUGCUUUCUUUGGUAGCUGCUAGCGGUUGUAAAAAAAAGCUGUAAACUAUUUCAAAAGGUCUUCAACACGCUAGAUGAAAUUCACUGACACAAUAUGGAGGUGUAAGAGGAACCUUGAUAUUCAUCUUUUAUGCAUCUAGUUAUUUACAGUUUGAAGGAAAAAAAACCUCAAACUUAAUAUCUGACUUUUAUCUGGGAUUGUGAUUGAUGUUUGUCAGUGCAAAUCUAACAUUGAUUCAAGUGAAAUUUGAUUAACAAAGCCAAAUUUGUAUGACUUUUGCAAGUUGGAAUUCUCAAUGCUUGGUUUCUUCAGUCACGGUUUAAAAUAUUUAAGCACUUAAAUCAUCCAUUAUAAUAAUAGUAGACACAAGUGUUCACACUAUUUCAUCUAUUUUGAUCAGCUUGUUUUAAGACCAAAACAGUAGCCCUCUGAAAUGUAAAAUAUAAAUAUUUUCUCACAGAUAUCAUUUUUUGUAUCUUUCCAAAAAAAAAAAAACCUGUCAGAUAAUACUUUUGGAGGGGUUUAUUUAAUAUCCAAUGGCAAGAUGAAAAUAAUAACAUUCCAGCUUACCAUGACUUGUUUUGAUAUUAAAGCAUAUUGCUUGAA